AAUGAAGCAAAUGUACAAAUGAAUCAUCACAUCUGUUUUUCCAAGCUGAAAUAAAACUAAAUUAACUUCAGUCAUGGAAAUCACCUCUUUUAUGUUUAAAUUUUUGCUGCCAUUUGCUGUGCUGUGUUUGAUAGAGGCAAAUCGCCUGGCUUACCAAAUCAAAGAGGAGGAGAGAGCUGGUCUCAGGGUUGGCAAUGUUGCCAUUGACAGUCUUCUGCAGGGAAACCUCUCCGCAACCGAAUCAAAGAACAUGAAAUAUGUAUUCUUUUCUCAAGGAAACCCAUUCUCCCAUCUCUUUCUUAUUGAUGAGAAGGACAGUACGAUCACAACUGCUCAAAAGAUUGACAGGGAAAGUGUGUGCCAUUCCAGACUGGAAUGCGUUCUCAAUUUAGACAUAGCCAUUUAUAAAAAAGAUUUGAUGCGCAAUGUGUACGACUUGUUCCAGUUGAUGCAAGCUAAGGUGACGCUGAUCGACAUCAAUGACAACCCUCCAGCAUUUCCCCAGAGUACUGUUAGUCUGAGCGUCCCGGAAUCAGUACCACUCAACCACAUGUUGUUAGCAAGUGGGGCUGUGGAUAGUGACACUGAACCCUUUUCCAUUCAGACCUACAAAAUAAGUCCUCAAACCGGAAUGUUUGGCUUGAAAGAACAACGUAAUUUGGAUGGUAGUUCGGAUCUUGCCAUCGUGGUGAAACAUUCUCUAGAUCGUGAGACCAAAGACUUCUUCCAGGUGGUGGUGACAGCAAUCGAUGGCGGCAAUCCUCCCAAGUCUGGUUCCGUCCUCAUAAACAUCACAGUCACCGAUGUCAAUGACAAUGAGCCUGCCUUCCUCAAGUCUGUGUACAAUGUGUCCAUUUAUGAAAAUCGACCAAUAAACUCAACAAUUCUUCAAGUGUCGGCCGUCGAUCAAGACUUGGAUCAGAAUGGUGAGGUGUCUUUUCAGUUUAGUUCACGACUUGUGCCAAAAGCUUUUGGGAUUGAUCCAAAGACAGGAAACAUUUAUGCAAAGGGUGAGAUUGAUUAUGAAUCUAAUGAACAGUUUCAGCUCAUAGUGAAAGCUCAUGAUCAUGGAACUCCAGAAUUAUCGUCAUUUGCUACAGUCAUCAUUAAUGUUUUGGACGAGAACGACAAUGCGCCCCAAAUCAACAUCAAUCUUUCUCCGGAAGGUACAGAUAUUUCUGAAGGAGUGGAAAUUGGAAAAUUUAUUGCACAUGUUUCUGUGUCGGAUGCAGACACUGGGCUAAAUGGUGCAAUUAUGUGUGAAAUGAGUGACUCGCACUUUGCAUUACAGCAGUUCUACAACAAUGUGUUUAACAUAUUCAAGAUAACACUGAAUAAGAGUCUGGAUCAUGAAAGAUUUCCAACACACAAUGUCACUGUGAAAUGUCGAGAUAAUGGCAAAAUUCCUAAAUGGAACUCAACAAGUUUCACUGUUACAGUUCUUGAUGAGAAUGACAACUCACCUGAAUUUUCUCGGGCAAUGUUCACCGGAAGUAUUCAGGAAAACAAUGAUAUUGGUGAGGAGAUUCUGCAAGUAGUAGCAAAUGACUGGGACAGCUUGGAGAAUGGCCGUGUAUCUUACUCACUGGCAAGUGAUGCUGGCUCGAUGUUUGUCAUCAAUCCAGGGUCUGGUGUUAUAAAAGCCAAAUCUCCGUUUGACAGAGAAAAGACGUCACAGUAUAAUUUUCAUGUCAUUGCAACAGAUCAUGGCGUCCCCGCCAAGACAUCUACAGCUGAGGUUGUCGUCAGUAUCCUCGACCAGAACGACCAGCCACCAUUCUUCACAAAACCAGUCUUUUUGUUUUACGUCCUGGAAAACCAACCAUCCGGAACGCCAGUCGGCAAUCUCACAUUCACGGAUGCAGAUUUGGGUAAAGCUUCAAAAAAUGUCUUCUCAUUUUUACCGAAUACCGAUGCCGAAUACUACUUUUCACUGGAUCCCAGGACUGGCCAAAUAAAAACACAGAGAGAGUUUGACAGAGAACUGCAGUCAAAGUUCAACUUCUCUGUACAUGUGCAGGAUCCAUUCGUGCCAAAUUUUUACGAUACUUCAAAAGUCUCAGUGCAGAUUCUUGAUGAUAAUGAUAAUAUUCCAAAAAUAAUUUUCCCAAGUGCAACGAACAAUUCUGUGAGGGUGGUAUACAAUCAGAAGGUGGGCUCCAUUAUUGCCACUGUCAGAGCAGAAGACACAGAUGAUAUUCUCCAGAGACGACUGUUCUUUUUCAUAAAACAAGGAAACACGCAGGGCUUGUUCAACAUCAACAGGAUGACCGGUGACUUAGCUAUUUCCAGACUAAUGCGACUGUCUGAUAUUAAAACUCAUAGCCUCAUUUUGGCUGUGCAGGACAGUGGGCGCUCAGCAAAAAUGGUUGAGGCAAAACUUGACAUUGUCAUUUUUACAAAUGGCACUUAUGGCGAUGUGGAUGGUCAACAUGGACUGGAUCAGAAUAUGUUGAUUGUGAUCAUUCUUAUUGCAGUGACAGUUAUUUUAGCAAUAGCCAUCGUAGCUACUAUAUUUAUGAUUCGUAGAAUAGACCGCGAACGCCAUGGUCAGGUGGUGGUUUCAAAAACAGUAGAAGGUAACUGUGUGCCAGUUUCAGCUUCGUGUGAGACAAACAGGUUAUCAACAGUGUCUAAAGAUUCUAAUGGAAAUGAUGGAUUGUCGAAGAAGAACCGGAAGGAGGUUAGUUUUUCACUGGAGGAUGACAAGGACACACACAAUAGUAGUAAUUCCUCGGGUCAUGCCUCCAUGUCAACCUUUGGAAGUGGUGGAGCUGAACAUUCCGUAAAGAAUUCCAAUGGCGUGGGUUUGGUGAUAGGUAAUAGUAGUGCUGUUGCAGUUUCCAGUCAGAAUGAUAUAAACAGUCCUCAGGCAGUGACCAAUAGUCAUACGAGUAUUCCAGUUCACAAUAUUCCAUUGCAUCCACCCACUGAUAAACACUGGAUUCAGAACAUCAACCAAGAAGAGGCGAAGCAUUUAAUGGAGUUGUUGAAAAAGCCAGAUGAUGUAAUAAGUGAGUCGUCUGGAGAGACUGGAACCAGCGACAGUGGGCGUGGUGGCAGUGAUGAUGAUAUUAACAAUUCCAGGCCUAUCAGUCAUGAUACAGAUGAUCUUCAUAAUGUUCAUCCUGCGAUGUACCUGGGAAAGGGACACGACUUGUAUCCGCGAUACAAUAAAGGGAGACAACCCAGUCCAUCAUUCCCCCAGCAGCAACUGAACGGAGAUGCUCAUUGGCCGGUGCGGUCACCAAUGGGGAUGAGCCACAUCUGUGAAGACGAGAGUUCCUUUGAGGAAGACGCACCAGACUGUGGCAACGACCUCAAUCGUAGUUCUACAGCUAGUCAGCGUGGAUUCGAAAACUUUAAUCCACAUCCCAAAUACUCAAAAGAUCCAUUUGUGCACUUAAAGUACGAGUCCUAUCAUCCACAUCCGAUGAGUGGUUUCCAUUACAAUUCAAAUCCACAUAACUUUGGUGGUGUAGGGAGUUGGCAAGCUGAUUCAAUGAGUUGUCGUGACGACGAUGACAGAACUACGACAUCGGGCAGUUACACGAUUAACCCCGAUGAUCUCAGACUAGAUAUGGAUGAUGUGUUUUAUCAAGACCGUGAUGUUGUAGUCUGAAACACUAUUGUCCUGAUGACUGCCUGACAAUAGGUGUCUUGUGUUUACGAAGUUCAUGUGCUUCCAACAUCAUGUGAUUAUCAACAGUUACUUAGAAAAUAGUAUUGUAUCAUUCACACUGCAUAAUGACAUUGUUAUUUGUGAGUCUUAUAUUUCUGUUCUUUCGCAGAUUUCGAUUUCGAUCAUAACACAUACACAUAGUUUAUUUUAUACGUUGAUGAAUUCAAAACAUUUACAUGAAAUGUAUAUUCAAGAAAGUUUCAUGCAUGUUUAAUUCAGAGUAGUCUUAAAGGUUAACUUUAUAAUAAAGAAAAGUUAAAAUCAGAGAAAAAAAGUAGUUUUGCCAUCUUGCAGACAAAUAUCAGGAGAUAACAUUACGUAUGUUUUAAUUUCCAACAAAGGCUAUUUCAAUUUCAUAAAAAUUCUUUAAAAUUCUUAAUUAAAAUUGCUUUUUGGCUAAAAGGACCAACAAUUAACUUUCUUGAAUAGUGACAUAGUUCUUAUGGUUUUUUCUUGAAUAUUGAUGUAAUUUGAAUGACUUGCAGUAUUGUGUACAUACUGAAAACAAUGAUGUCACGUCCUUGUUUUUAGGAUAAAGUUUGGAACCUUUAGUAGAGGUACUUGUAAGACAUUUUGCAGCACAAUCAUGAAAGCAAAAGAAUGAAUAACACUUUAAUCGUUAAUGGAAAUACAAAAAAUACAGUGAAGCAGAUUUAAAGCACACACCUCAUAGUUCAUAAUUUUAUCAUAAAAUUAACCUUUAAUUGCUAUGUUGGUCAGGUCAGAAAUACUUUGUUAUCAAACAAAAACAUUACAACAGCAAUGUUAUACUGAAAACAAAAAAGUCAUGCACUCCAUGUAGUUUAUUAUUCUGUAGGUACAUUAGUAUUUGCAAAAUGAUGUCAUUCAUAUAUUGACAUCAUUCCCAUUCAGGUCAGGUCAGGUCAUCGGGUUUUACGUGCACAUUCAGAACAAGCUGUUGUAGCGCACGCCCGUCCAUGACAGGAAUUCCCAUUCAAAAGACCCCAGCCAUAUAUACAUCAUUUGAAUAUCAAGUAAUGACUGGAAGUUUCUUGAGUAUAAAGUUUAUCAAAAAGAGUAUAUGAUAAAGAUAAUCUUUUAACAAGAAGAGAUUAUUACCCAUGUUUAUUUCAGUAUCGUCAUUGUCAUAUGUUACCUAAUUAUAUGAUAUUGACAAUAUUGAACACACUUUGGUCAUAACUUUAUAUAUAAAUACAAAUUAUAAAAUGUCGACAAUUAAUGACUUCAGCUAUGUUCAUGUGAUUUGAAAGAAUAGAUUGAACAAGCCUUUCUGGGUAUAAGAUUACUUACUCAGUUAUUAUUAAAAACAGGACACUAGCAUAUUAUAUUAAUGAACAAUUGUAGGGAAUACAGUUUUCCCCAGGAUAAAUAUGGUGCUAUUAACUUGUUUGUUAUGAUGUUAAAAUGUUUGUUUUAUAUAUUUUUUGUUUUGUUUUGUUUAUGUUUACAGACAUUGUAUUAUGUCAGUUAAAAAGCUGGUUAGAAAUGAAUUAGACUAUUCAUUAUUGGUAAUUAAUGUGUACUUAAUUUUGUAGCCUUAACAGUUAAAAACCAUGCAACCAUUGCUCAUUGUUUUGUUUUUUGGCAUACUGCGUUUUGCACAUGUUUGUGUGGUACCUACAUUCUAACACUGUGUGUAAAACUAGAUCAGGAUGUGUAUGACUGUUUUGUAUUAAUUACUUCACAUUUCAGUAAUAUAAUGAUAACACUCUUCUCUUCUUCUUUUUUCAUUCUGUAUAUUAAUCUAAAAAAAAAAAUCAUUUUCACUUUAUUUCCUCUUUUCACAGUAAAAUGAUAAUUCAGCAUAAUGAUCAGCAAAUUUUAUUACCAGAGUUUAAUUUGUUUGGAUUACAUUUCAUAAACAAGUGCAUUCUCCCAUGAUAUUGCAAGGAAGUAGAUGAAAUAAAAAUAACUCUUACUUUCCCUAUUGCAGCCUGUAAAUUACACCAGGUUUUAUCAUAGAGCUGAUCUAUAAUUCUCCAGUUCGCCAAUGUUUAGACCCAGCUGCCUUUCCAAGUUUUUAUUGGGGGUGAUUUGAUGCUAUCUACAACUGCUCAUGACAUUAAGAUUUUCCUGUAUUCUGCAAUAAAUAUCUUGAUGAAAUCUGGGGGCGGGGGUUCUCAAAAGGACAAUUUAUCAAAAAUCCAUGACUGAUGUGUCUGAAUGCAUGUGAAAUCAGUUUUGUUUUGAAAAAUCAUCUGUAAUUUAAAUGUGUAUUUGAGUUUUUUUAUUCAAUAUAAUUAUUUUUUACAUGUAGUGUUUUAAAAUCAAGUGUUUUGUCACUAAGGCCUCAUAUUUCGAUUUAACUAUUUAAGUUAAAGUUUGUUUUGUUCAACAACAACACUAGAUCACAUUGAUUCAUUUUGGAACAUUUGGUAAUUUUUCUAAUGUAGUCUUGGAGGAAAUCCGCUACAUUUUUUCACUAGCAGUAA